CCUCCGCUAUUUUACCUUGCCAAUCGAAAGAAACUUGAACCAAUCUUACCCAUCUCUACCGAAUUUAUUAAUAAUGAGCAAUAGACAACUACUAUUUAUGUCCGCCAUUCAUUCUUUUGAGUUGCUUUUUCGUUUUACGAUUCCGUAAAAAGCACGAUUUGUCACCAAGUCCGACGCAACAUCAAGAAUAAAACCAAUUACGUAGAAGCUGAUUAAAGUUUAAAACCAUUGCUCGAAACAGUUCAGAAGAACAGUUCUGUGAAACAAAUCUGUAGUUUACCAAUUACCUGUGAGACGAGAUCGUAUCUUCGGUGUAAGAUUCAGUGAUGCUCAUCUUUGCGUUUAGCGUGUUUUGCUUAUGUGCCUGAUGGUGCGGGAACUAUGUGCGAAUAGCGUAACCGUACAGAAGGACUCAGCAUGGGGGCCUUUUUGAACAAGCCCGAGACGAAGAAGUACAAUGAGAGCGGAGAGGGAAACGGUCUCCGGUACGGCGUGGCCUCGAUGCAGGGCUGGCGCGUGGAGAUGGAGGACGCCCAUCACGCGCAACUCACGUUAAAUGGAACGUUAUCCGACUGGUCGUAUUUCGCGGUGUUCGACGGCCACGCGGGGGCUCGCGUGUCCGCGCAUUGCGCGAGCAACCUCCUCGAAUGCAUCUUACAAACUGAGGAGUUCAGACGCGAGGAUAUAGCGGAGGCGAUACGCGCCGGGUUCCUAGAUCUAGACCAGAAGAUGCGCGAACUGCCAGAGCUGUCCAACGGGAAGGAGAAAUCGGGUUCUACAGCGGUCUGUGCGUUUGUGUCCCCCAAGCAGAUUUAUAUCGCUAACUGUGGCGACUCCCGAGCGGUUCUAGCACGUAAUGGCGUUCCUAUAUUCGCGACACGGGAUCAUAAGCCGGAAUUACCCUCUGAGAAGUCUCGUAUAGUUCAAGCGGGUGGAUCAGUCAUGAUACAGCGUGUAAAUGGCAGUUUGGCGGUGUCGAGAGCUUUAGGUGACUACGAGUACAAGAAAUCUUAUAGUCGUGGUCCAUGUGAGCAGCUGGUUUCCCCUGAACCGGAGGUUUCAGUACAUGAAAGGCUAGACUCGGAGGAUGAGUUCUUGGUGCUGGCAUGUGAUGGAGUUUGGGAUGUGAUGAGUAACGAAGCAUUGUGUGCAUACGUGCACUCACUCUUGCAACUCACGGAUGACCUUGUGGCUAUCACGAACCAAGUCAUUGACACCUGCCUUUAUAAGGGCAGUAAAGACAACAUGAGCAUCGUGCUGGUGGUGUUCCCCGCCGCGCCCAAGCCCAGCGCCGACGCGCAGCGCGCCGACCGCGAGCUGGACGAGACGCUGCGCGCGCGCCUCACAGCGCUGAUCGAGCAAACGGGCGUUCAGGAGGAGGACACUUGCAGCCACUUCUCUAACGUGCUCAAGCAGCUCGUGCAAGAGAACAUCCCUGGACUGCCGCCCGGAGGAGGCUUGGCUGCCAAACAAGCCCUUUUGGACAAGAUCUACCGCGAGUUCUACCCGGACCACGUGGACAGUUCGGAGCAGUUCGACUGCAGCGACAUCGCCGAAGUCAACAACUAAGCUACCACCCACGCCUCGCUUGCGAGUUGACGCUUAAAACGAGCCCUAUGCCCCAUACACUGUUACUAUACCCCAUACGGUUACUACAGGCAUAACUGAGUAGGUUCCUGCGGUAUUGGAGCGGUGCGGGAGGGGUGUGGUUAAAAAAAAUAUUCAAUUUUAACAAAAAACUUUUACAAGUACUUUUAGCAUAGGUAAGC